CAGCGGACAGCCUUCAACUUCACACCGGGGUACCACAGCAUAAAACGCAUUUGUCGUCACCAAAGCUUCCCGGACCUCCUUUGGGAGACAGGAGCUGAGCCAACACAGCAGCCAAUUGGCUUUUAAUCAAUGGAGCUAUUUGUAAGAGCCCGCGAGCCGUUCUAGGUAAGGUCUUGUUAAAGAUAGCAGUUUGUGUGGGCUGCCGUUGGCUCCGGUGUUGUGAAAGUGACUGCAUAGAUUAAACAAGACCUGCCGUGCUUCAGCAGCCGAGAGCGGACCGGUGGAGAUAUCUCAGACCGAAGAGGCAUCCGGAUAAAGGUGACCGGGCAGUUGACCUAACAAGUUUUGCCGAGGAUACUGGGAGGAACCAAUUCUUAAAAUGCCCGUGGCAACAUCCAGCUCUGACUCUGCCAUGCAUCAAGCCCUGGACACACUGAGUGACAGCACAAGCUCCACGACUGCCAAUGACCUGGACCUCAUCUUCCUUAAAGGCAUCAUGGAGAGCCCAGUGGCACAUGAGCAGUUUGAGGAACCCAAGCUCGAGGCCGUGAGGGAGAACAACGUGGAGCUGGUCCAGGACAUCCUCAAGGAGCUCAACCCGCUCACAAACAGGAGCCAGGCAGCCGACGAGUUAGUCCGCAUCCUGAAGGAGCCUCACUUCCAGUCCCUCCUGGAGACCCAUGAUUCUGUGGCAUCCAAAAACUAUGAGACACCUCCCCCCAGCCCCUGCUCUUUCAUGGACGCAGCCCUCAACAACCAGCCCGUUCCCCCAGACGCAGUCAGGAUGGUGGGCAUCCGUAAAGUGUCUGGCGAGCACCUGGGAGUGACAUUUCGAGUGGAAAGCGGCGAGCUGGUGAUUGCCAGGAUCCUUCACGGCGGCAUGAUUGACCAGCAAGGUCUGCUCCAUGUGGGUGACAUCAUUAAGGAGGUGAACGGCAAGGAGGUGGGCAACGACCCCAAAGUGCUCCAGGAGAUGUUGAAGGAGGCGAGUGGCAGUGUGGUGCUGAAGAUCCUGCCCAGCUACCAGGAGCCACACACACCAAGACAGGCCUUUGUCAAGUGUCACUUUGACUAUGACCCAUCCCACGAUAAUCUGAUUCCCUGUAAGGAAGCAGGGCUGAGCUUCAACAGUGGAGACAUUCUGCAGAUUUUCAACCAGGAGGACCUCAAUUGGUGGCAGGCCUGUCACAUAGAAGGAGGCAGUGCAGGUCUAAUUCCAAGCCAGCUGCUCGAGGAGAAGAGGAAAGCAUUUGUGAAGAGAGAUCUGGAGCUUGCUACCACAGGUCCUUUAUGUGCUGGGAUGGGCGGUAAGAAGAAGAAAAAGAUGAUGUAUUUAACCACCAAGAAUGCAGAAUUUGAUCGUCACGAGCUGCGCAUAUAUGAAGAGGUUGCCAAGGUCCCUCCCUUCAGGAGGAAGACACUGGUUCUGAUUGGUGCACAGGGGGUAGGCCGUCGCAGUCUGAAAAACAAGCUGCUGGUGUCGGAUCCCCAGCGGUAUGGCACCACCAUCCCCUUCACCUCCAGAAAACCAAAGGUGGACGAGAGGGAUGGCCAGAUGUACUCCUUCAUGACCCGCAGUGAAAUGGAGUGUGACAUCAAAAACGGUCGUUUCUUGGAGCACGGCGAGUAUGAUGGGAAUCUGUAUGGCACUAAGAUCAACUCUAUACACGAGGUGAUCGAAACAGGCAAGAUCUGCAUCCUGGACGUCAACCCACAGGCUCUUAAAGUCCUGCGGACGUCAGAGUUCCUGCCCUAUGUUGUGUUCAUCGAAGCCCCGGAUUUUGAGGUUCUCAAAGCUAUGAAUAGGUCAGCGAUUGAAUCAGGAGUGGUCACAAAACAGUUAACGGACUCUGAAUUAAAGAGGACGGUGGACGAGAGCGAGCGCAUUAAGCGGGCCUACGGACAUUACUUUGACCUCUGCAUCGUAAACGACGGCCUGGAAGCGGCGUUCCGAAGUCUUCGGUUGGCGCUGGAGAAACUAUCGACGGAGCAGCAGUGGGUGCCCGUCAGCUGGGUCUUCUGAAAGUCGCCAAGAGCUCACCAGCAAGGUGCCAGGGGCCACAUGUCGGAGGUCAGAGGACGGUGUGGUAGCUCCAGAAGGGGCUGUCUCCAUGCAGUCACCGGUGGUGGAGGUGUGUGGUGAAGGGCCGAGCGUCAUGAUUCAGUGCAAAUGACCAGCCUCAUGUAGAGCGUUUUUGUACAAACUUAGUGUUCCUCUGUUGAGCCUAAUGUCAAGUUGUACUUUAUUUGUUAGAACCGGAAUCAUUUUAUUGAUAUUUGUUGAGAAGGAUUUAGAGUUGACAAUGAGCUUUAGUGCAAUAGUGUGAGUGAGUAUGUGUGCGCUAUCAUAAACGUGGACAUAGACUUAGAGUAAAGAAUGUGUUUUGCAGAUAGCAGUGCUCUAUUGAAGGUUUUCGUUGAAGGAUAUUAAACUUUUUAGCCUUUCCUACUUUAUGUAGUGUAAUGUUUACAUUGGAUUGGUAGGACAGAUUGGUGAGGGGAAGAUACCAAAUGUCAUAUUUGUGAUAAAAAAAAAAUCUCUAUAUUUUACCAUUUGAUCAUACAGUAUGAUUGUAUGUGUUCAGAAAUGUGCUUUAUAUUGUACGUCUCCACUCAUUUGAAAAACGAACAGCAAUAGAUAAUUUUAAACAAAAACAUAAAUACGUGCAAUACAUCUACUCACAUACAAAUAAACACACAGACACUACAAAUAUACAUUUUGUGUUAAUCUUGCCGUCUCGAUUUAUUUUGUUUCCUUUUUAAAUGUUAAUUAUGUACAUUUGUUGUCCUAUGCUGGCAAAGCGUCUGAUUUGUUGGACAGUGAGAGGACCAGCGAACGAAUCACAGUUUCCGACUAGUACCUGCUUGAUUCUGUUGGAGUUGUAAUUGUAGCACUGAGAACAACAAAAAAACUGAAGAAAAAACUAAAGAAGUAGCCUACAGUAUGCACUGAUUGUAUAAUGAAGGCAAACAUAUUAUUUAACAUUACAGGUUGGACAAUUAAUGGAGGUUGUCAUGUUUUUUUCUUUGUUAUUUUUAAUGUACAGAUCAGUAAAAUAUUUAUCAGUGGCUUCAAAUUCAUACUUACUUUUGCCUUAACAUGAUUCAAAAGCCAAGGAAACACUAUCACUGUACACGUUUCUUCUUAGAAAAUAGAGAAAAAUAAUACUGGCAACUCAUUUAAUAUUUAUUUUAUUUUCCCUCAAACUUGUAAGUACUGUAUUGUAAUAAAGAGUAUAUAGUAUAACAUAGAGAAACACUUGGUGCUUUGAUGAUUCUGCUGGUGUGUAGAUGCAGUUGGACAACUACACUGUAGUUUUGAUGUUCAUAUAAAAAUGUAUUAAAAUUGCAAAUGUCGA